GCCUUUUUUCCUUUUUCAGUUCGUUUUGCCAUGGCAUCCUAAUUCCAACUAAUGAGGCGGUUUCAGCGAGAUUUUGUUACGAAGAGGACUUCCCCCCUCCGCCCUGUGUUGUUUAUCUAGACUAGAUUGUUGUAGUACCUUGAUUUUAGCAUUCAAUCCCUGUGACUAGUAAGUAGUGGAUAGUAGAAGAAUGUGUUCAUAAAUUCAGUGUAAGAAUAUCUACAGAAGAUUCAGAGCAAGAGAUGGUUCUUUCAUCAGAGUUUCCUCGUUAGAUGAAGAUUUUGUUUAUUUAGACUGCUGCAGCACCUUGAUAUUAGUUUGAGGGUAUCACAAUUCAAUCCUGUAACUAGUAGUGACUAGUGGAAGAAUGUGUGCACAAAUUCAUUGUAGGAAUGUGUACACGAAUAUUCAGUGUAAGAGUUUUAUUGCCAUUUUUUACCCCUCAAAUUUUGGUAGCCAGGAAUUAACGUGUGUACAGAAACAGAAUUUCCUGUCCAUCUGCUCUAUUGUUUAGCUGAUGAACUGGAGCGUCUGUUUGGAUUAAAUUGAUUUAUAGUGCAUGUGGUUUUGCUGUUCCAGUUUAGCUGUCCGCGCCCAUUGGGAUUCUGGGCAGAGCCACUUCUGAGAUGCAGAUGAAGAAGCUUCUACAUCUGUAACUCGACUAAUGCACCAAGUGUUUGAGAUGUGGCGUCAGACCGUCAGUAAUGUGUUCGUGUGCUCAUUGUUUAGGAUGGUGGUGGUAGACUGGUAGCUUUCCAUAUCGCAUAUACCACUUGUCCUUGCUUGGCAUCAUUUUAUUUUGAGAAUCAGUACUACUUGCCCAAUUUCCAGUAGCUUGUUUUAGAUGUUCGAGAGCUAAAUCAGUGAUUCUCUAAGUACUGAACUGAAUCUCGCAAAUGCUUUUGCCCAUCAUAUGCCUCUAUCUAGAAAAUUCAAGUCCCUUUCCGUUAUGCUAUUAUGCCUCCCCACAAAAUUCUUGGAUCCCUCUCUCUUGCUACUUAACAUGCUGUGCAAGUGUACAACUUAUAUGUGAAUACACUAGAAAAACAUGAUAUGCUUUAUUUGUUCUCGUAUAAAUCCAACAAAGUAGUAAAUGCACUUGUCUUACAUAUAUUAGACAGAGUGGGGUAACCUCUGCAAAUAAAUAGCAGGCAAUUUGCCUUCAGUAGCAAUGGUUCUGCAUAUAGAUACAAAAAAUGUUCGAUCUUUGCGUGUUAUUUUAUAACCUGUAAGACAGAAUUUCAUGUGCUGCUCUGUUCUCCGAAUAUUGGUAUACAACUGAUGUGAUCCUUCGUCGAAUAGUUUUAAACUUGUUCAGCUCAUUUGCCAUGGUAAAGAACUAAAGAUAGGAUGUUUCAUCGUCUUUCACUAAGUAAUCAUGAAAUGUCAGCUUUAUUUUACAGCUUUAAAGAUACAAAUCUUUGUGCUUCUUUGGUUGUAGAUAGGAAUAGUGCAUACAUGGCUUUGCAGAGUCAAUUUUGCCCUUUUAUCGUAUCAAAACUUACCACAUACUAUUAUGUGACGCUUCCGCUAACCGCACAAUCGAGUGGGCAGAACUACGAGGGGCUUAAGCAGGAGCAUGAUAAGAAGGUGGGGCUGCUGACGAAGCAGGAGGUGAGGGGUGUGGACUACCUCAAGAUGGAGAAGAACAUGAUGGAGAUGGAGAGCCUCGAGUCCAAGAUGCUGGUGGCCACCCAGUCCAUCGACACCACCACCUCCGAGAUCAUCAGGCUCAGAGAAUCAGAGCUAUUCCCUCAGCUACUUGAGCUGGUUGCUGGAGGUGAUCGAUGCUGACUAGCACGGCCCGGUGGCGCUGUGCUCUUCAACCACUCGGAGACGGAUUUUGCCGUGAAGCCUGGUUGCCAUGUCGCACAGAUGAUCGUCCAGGUGAUUUCGACACCGGAGGUCGCCGAGGUGUGAAGGACCUUGAUGCCACCGUUCGAGGGAGGGAGGAUUCGAGUCCACCGACGUCUGAACUCCGAGCCUAGGUAGAUACAUCUAGAGAAGUGGUCUGUUUAGGUUGGUGGUAGACCACUAGGGAAGGUUGUGUGUGUGUCUGAUGUUAAAUCGAAUCUUGAGAUGGUUCUAUGACAUGUUAAAUGGAAUAUUGAGAUGGUUCAGUGACA